AUGCUAUUUGAAAUACAUCUCAUUUUGAAAACCGUCCGGCUGGCCAUCCGCCACUUCACAAAUCUCUUCCAGCACGCCCUACAAUGCCAAUUCCAAAGACUGACUUACCAUCCUAUGUCACAAUCAAAAACCAUCCUAGUGAUUGGUGCCUCAUUCGCUGGAUACCACGCUGCAAGGUGUUUAUCUGCCCGUAUACCCACCGGGUACCGGGUAGUUGUGGUGGAAAAGAAUAGUCAUUUCCAACUAACUUGGGUACUUCCGAGGUUUUCGGUGGUGCCGGGGUAUGAAAGACAGGCGUUUAUUCCGUACGGAGGGUAUUUGGCACCCGCGGGGUGGGGGUUUGGGAGUGGGUUAGGGGGGGUGGUUAGGGUUUUGCCUGAUAUGGGGGUAGGGGGAGGGAGGGUGGAGUUGGAGGAUGGGAGGGUGGUCGGGUACGAGUAUUUGGGGAUGUAUCCCGGGAAGAAUGUGACGUUGGUGCAUUCGAGGGAGAGGUUGUUGGGUAGGGCCGGGGGGGAUGGAGGGAGGUUUACGGAGAGGGUGUUGGAGGAGUUGGAGGUAUUGGGGGUGAGAGUGGUGCUUGGGGAGAGGGUGGUGGAGGGGGAUGAUGGGGUGCGGUUGAAGUCUGGCGAGGUGGUGCCGUGUGAUUGUUUGGUGAAAUGUGUUGGUCAACGGCCGAAUUCUGGGCUGGUACAGGAGUGGUCGCCCCUGUCAGUCUCGGAAACCGGCCAUGUGAGGGUUCGUCCGACGCUGCAGAUCGCGGAUGAAGCAUUUGAUUGCAUCUAUGCAGCCGGA